ACCUGCUGCCGAAUCCGGCGGAAUCGUCGCGGGUGAUGAGGCUGUCGGUGCCGCCGCUGGACAUUUAAUCGAAUGGGAAGAAACCGAUCGUUUUUCCUUCGACGAUUCCGACCGGUUCGAGGAAGAUUCUUUGUGCAGCUUCAGCAGCGAACCCGAAUCUCUCUGUAACAAUUGGCGAGGAUGGAGACGACCGCCGGCUGCCUUCAGUAUUUCCAAGAAAUCCUUCGAGGAUGGACAACAAACGGUGCCGACUCUUUGCGAACUUGCGGCGCGAUGCGUCGCGUCGCAUAUUCCGUUCGAGUUGGUGGAACAUUUCUAUCCACCUGUACCGGAGCAGCUUCAGCUGAGAAUAGCUUUUUGGAGCUUUCCCGAUAACGAAGAGGACAUACGGCUUUACUCAUGUCUUGCGAACGGUAGCGCCGAUGAAUUUCUACGAGGCGAACAUCUCUAUCGCGCCAAAACCGUCAAGGAACCGUUGCAGAUUGGAUUUCAUCUGAGUGCCAGCGUAAAUUCACAAACAAAUGGUGUCAGAGCGCAAUUCAACGUCGCCGUGACUUUCGACCGACGUAGAAUCACAUCAUGCAAUUGCACUUGCUCCUCAACGGCGUAUUGGUGCGCGCACGUGGUGGCCGUUUGCUUGCACAGAAUACACAUGCCAACGCAAGUAUGUCUGAGAGCACCGGUCAGUGAAUCGCUGUCGCGAUUACAUCGCGAGCAACUUCAGAAAUUCGCUCAAUAUCUUAUCAGCGAAUUACCGCAGCAGAUUUUGCCAACCGCUCAACGGCUUCUGGAUGAGCUUCUCUCGGCUCAACCGAGCGCCAUUAACAGCUACUGCGGAGCUCCGGAUCCGACCGCCGGCGCUUCCGCUCACGAUCAGACCUCUUGGUACUUAGACGAGAAAACACUGCAUAAUAACAUCAAGAAGAUCCUCAUCAAAUUUUGCGUUCCGGCUCCGAUAGUUUUCAGCGAUGUUAAUUAUCUGAGUACCACCGCGCCUCCGGCCGCGUCCGAAUGGGCAUCGUUGCUACGACCGUUGAGAGGCCGCGAGCCGGAGGGUAUGUGGAAUUUGCUCUCCAUUGUGCGCGAGAUGUUCAAGAGAAACGAUCGCAACGCUAUACCGCUGCUGGAGAUCAUUACCGAGGAGUGCAUGGCCUGCGAUCAGAUUCUCGUUUGGUGGUUUAACACUAAGGUUGCUUUACUCAACGGCACCGGAUACGGCAGCAAACACAACAUGAACAGCAACGUGCACGCCUCGCAACACGCGUGCUCGUCCUUGUGCGACGAGAUUGUCGUUCUCUGGCGACUGGCCGCUCUCAAUCCCGGUCUCUCGCCGGCGGAACGCGAAAUGUUGCAUGCUCAAUUUAUGGCUUGGCACUUGAAGAUUAUAGAUAAAGUCGCCAAGUGUCGUGGCAGCUCUGUGUCGCACAACUCUCACAGUAGCAAAAGUAAUAAUUCGUACAGAGACUCGCAUAGAGAAUUUCUAAAACACGAUCUCGCAGUCUUUACUGGCUUCAAGUCGGCACUCGAAGCCUGUUAUCUCGAUUGGGACGAAUACGUUUUGCCGGGUAUUACGUACACCGCCGAGAACAAUCCUAUGUAUCAUUGUCCUUUCACAUGUUUUCGGCAUACCGGCGACACGAGAACGGAGGUUAAUCAAGUAAAUUCCAGUUCGGCCGUAUUGAAUUAUCAACCGCCCUUGGUUUCUCAUCAUCACGGUCGACGAACGUCAUCGUUGAAUGUUGGUCUCAUUGAGUUCAGCUAUUUGGACAGACGGCGGCUGAAUCCACGCGAAUUCCCGAUGUGUUCAAGAAGCAACGGCGGCGACGGAAAUCGCAGCAGCGUUAGUUCCGAGGGUUUUUGUGAGAAUGACACCGACAUUCCCGAUAUAUCCGAGUCUCAGGUUGUUCUCAGACAAGGUUGUGCUCAAUUAAAUAAUUGCGGCGACACUGACUCGCAGGAGGGGGCUGGUAGCGAAUUAUCUUCCAACAGUAAUGUUAGCCUGAAGAACGCUCAAGGUUCGGACAAGCAUCGCUCAAACGCCUCGUCCGAGACUCAUAGUGAUAGUAGUGAUAGUAGUAAUAACAAAGCCGCCUGCGGGAACGCGAAGUGUAGUAGGACAAAUCUUGCGGAGUGUCGUGAUAAAUCGCGCGCGACUGUACCGAAAGGAAUCAGAGUUAAGAACGAACGAGAAUCCGAUCAGGAAAAGGAAACUAGGAGACCGUUCAAGGACGAGAGCUCGUCGUCCAGCAGCGACAGUCCUUCCGGCGACGAAUAUAAUAUUUAUUAUUAUGAUCCGAAGGCCAUAACCAACAACGGUGGUUUGAAUAAUAAAUAUGUCGCGAGCAAUACACAUACUUUCGCCACCCCGGAUGCCAGUACGGUAUUGAAGAAUUUGAAGAAGACGGAAGAUCGAUGGGAUAUUCUGUUUGCGCGGGCGGAAGGGCUUUACGCUCACGGUCAUACGAGAGAAGCCUGCAUCAUCGGAGUGCAACUAGCCGAAGAACUUCUGGCCAAUCCUCCGAAUCUUAUUGGUCACUCCUCCCCUCGAUAUCACGAAGGAUCAUCAAUGGCGCUAAAGAACAAGAAGAAAAAGAACGUAAUUCCGUCGUCUCAUCAAGUAACGAGUCUCGCAUCAGCAACUUUAGCAAAAUGUGGAUUCUUGUGCACGGUACUCGCUGAAAAUCCCGAACAUCACAAUUUGGCAUUUCGCGUGGGCCUCUUUGGCUUAGAGAUGGCUAGACCGCCAGCUAACACGAAACCUUUGGAGGUUAAACUCGCUCAUCAAGAAAGCGAAUUAGUAGGUCUGUUGAAGAGAAUUCCUUUGGGACCGACGGAGUUAGCUAUGAUAAAACAGCGUGCUGAGCAAUUGAGAGACGGCGUUUUGAGAUUGAGAGGACACGCUCUCUUGCCUAUCAUGUUGGCCAGCUUCAUAUAUGAUGCACUUGACGUACCUAGAGGAAAACUGCCAGCAGAAAUUGACCCGAAUCUUGGAUUUGACGCAGCCGUAGCUGUUUUAGGAUUAAAAGCGAAUGUAAGCGAAGCAGAUCACCCGCUUCUUUGUGAAGGAACUCGUAGACAAAGAGGAGACUUGGCUAUCACUCUGCUCGUACAUUAUAAAGAUGAUCCCGUAAAAUUAGCCAGAAUCAUGGACAAAUUGCUAGACCGAGAUGUUCAUCAGUUAAUCAGAUCACCCAUUCUGAGUAGCUAUUAUACCGCAAAUCCACCUACUAAGAGCGAGUCGAUGCGAUAUGUUCACGAUGAGGAAUGUUCGUCGCCUCUCGUCGGAACGGACUACGGCGGAAAUGGCGAUAACAUCGUUGGCAGCAGCAGCAGACCUCAUAGCAGUACAAGUGCGGAACUGGAGAAUAUGAAUGUAUUAACCAUACAACCGCCGAUUGUUCAGCCAACUGUGCCUAUUAGAACUAAAGAAUUACGAUAUAAACACAAAAGGCUAUUUCCGUCUAUUCCAAAUCAGCCGUCGGAAGCGAGUGCGCAUUUCAUGUGCGAACUAGCGAAGACAGUUUUAUCGAAAGCCGGUGGUACCAGUUCGACUUCGUUAUUUACCCAACCAUCUACCAGUCAAAAUCAUCACGGUCCGCACAGAGCGCUUCAUAUGUGCGCCUUUCAGCUCGGCUUGUAUGCUCUCGGUCUUCACAACUGCGUCAGCCCGAACUGGCUUAGUCGCACGUACUCGAGCCACGUGUCUUGGAUAACUGGCCAGGCAAUGGAGAUCGGAGCGCCGGCAAUUUGGUUUCUAAUUGACAGCUGGGAAGGUCAUCUGACGCCACCCGAGGCAGUCAGUAUAGCCGAUAAAUCCUCGAGAGGUAGCGAUCCGAAUAUGGUUCGAGCGGCGGCGGAGCUCGCUUUAUCCUGCCUGCCGCAUGCCCACGCACUCAAUCCCAAUGAAAUCCAGAGAGCUAUAUCUCAAUGCAAGGAACAAAGCGAAGCUAUGUUGGAGAAGGCUUGCAUCACAGUAGAAAACGCCGCGAAAGGUGGCGGUGUUUAUCCAGAAGUAUUGUUCCAAGUAGCAAAGUACUGGUAUGAAUUAUAUCUUCGGCAAACACCUGGUGCGGAUCAACAAGAUGAGAUUCCUCAUGAUUCUUUGCAACUGGAUCUCAACGGAGUAUUAUUGGUCGAACCAGGACCUGUAGAAAUCUCGAACACUCAGAUGAUGUCCGGGCCAACACAGACAGUUGUUGUCACUAGUACGCAACCGCCUCCUCAACCUUAUACUCAUCCAACAAUUACUACUUUGGCACCACUAGGAGUCGGCUUACCGUAUGCCGUAGGCCCAUAUAGUUUUCUACAUCCUCAUCAUUCUAUUGCGACAUACAGUGGUCCGAUACCGUCGCAUAGAGUCACUUUACCUUCCGCGCCGCACAUGCAAAUGUAUCAUCCGUAUCCACAUCAUCCAGGACAUCCCCAACAUCCAUCGCAUCAUCCGCCUUCUGCCGCCCCGCCUCCUCCACCCGGACCAUAUUACACAUCACAGCCACCUCCACCGACAUCAGGAACUCGUCACUUGUACACAAUGCAACAACCUCUACCGGUUCAAACGGGAGUAGCAGGUCCGCUGCCUGGACAAAAUAACUUACCUGGAGCAACACUGGUUCAAACGCAACCUAUUAUACCAACUGUUAGACCUCAAGUUCACAGACAAAGUCAGGGAAUUAAUCAGCAUCAAUUACGAACUCUUGUUUCUGCAUAUCGCGUAGGCUUAUUAGCGAUGGAAACUUUGGCUCGCAGAGUUCACGACGAUCGACCACAGGCCAAAUACGCACGGAAUCCACCUUAUGGUGAAGACGUCAAAUUUUUGCUCAGAGUUGCAAAACGGCUCGGCACGCAGUAUAUGCAUCAACUCUGCAUUUGUACCGUGAACAGCAUCGUUAGUCCUUUUGUCCUUCAUCAGGUUAUUUUAGAGGCAGCUCAAUAUCUUGCCAGAAACAAUCCUGCGCUCAUAAUACAACAUUUAAGAUCCGCGUUACUAUCCCCAAUGAUACACAAAUGUCAACAAAUGUACAUUCAGUGCAUGCAUCAAAAGCUGUAUCAUUUACAAGCUACCGAUUACGAAGAAUUUGUUAGUAUUGUUUGCGCGGCGAGAGCUGCCUUCCAAAUGAGUCCUGACGGAAAUAGCCAGUUCAAAGAUUGGUUACAAUCGAUCAAAAAGUCUCAAAACUGUAAUAAAGAAUUAUGGACGCAAAUCAAUACAGCUUUACAACAAACCAGCAAAUGACAUAUAGCAGAGCCAGGCGUGACGUGGCUCACUUCCCUUCCUUCGCAUCCCCAACCGCCCCCGCCUCCACCACCAACAACUCUCGUAUUACAGCAUCAGCAUCCCUGUCACCCUCAUCCACAGAGCGUCGUAUGCGUUCACGGGCUGGCUGCAGCAGUUAACAAAUCUACUUGGGACAAGAUGUCCAUACCUUGUAUUGUCGAGGAACCGAUAGCGCGUCAGUUGCCACCACCUCUCCAUCAGCGUCGAUCGGUAGACCGUCGUCCCGGUCGUCCCGGUCGUUCCGGUAGACCAGCAAUGAACGCUCAUCCCGGUAGACCAGCGGUGAUCGGUCGUCCUGGUAGACCACCGAUGAUCGGUCGUUCCGGUAGACCAGCGAUGAUUGCUCGUCCACGUAGGCAAGAAUCGAUCAGUAAUCGUGGUUCUCGAUGGAUCAAUACCAGAAAUGAGCGAGAUUCAUCUCAAAUUUUAAUUAAUGUAUCUAAAACUGCGUGAGUAAUCUAGUUGAUGGCGAUCAAGAUGUUGAGAUGAGGAUGUAUGAAUAUAGACCAGGUUAAGUAUGAAUGAUUAAAAAAAAAAAAAUCUAAUAUAUAAGAUCAUAUGUUAAGUUUUACAUAUUAUAUGUAUAUUACCGCUCGCACAUAUAGCAAGAUCUAUAUGAAUUUGAUGACCUAUUGAAUAAUAAUCGCUAAUCUAUGAAAAAAACAUCUGCAAAGUGAUGUAUGUGUGAAGUAUAUUUAUGAUCAUGAAUCAAAAUUUCACGCUCUGAGUCAUAUCGGACGUUGUAACGAGUCACACAAUACACACGCAUAGACACACACACAUACACACACGCGCGCAUGCAAACGCGUGCGCUCCCAUAUAUACAGACACACACACACACACACAAAUUUCAUUAUAUUAAAUUAUCUAUGUGAAUAUGUGUGUGUGAGUAUUAUUAUGAGUUGAAUAUAUCUAGAAUUUUUAAAUUUUUUAUUUAAGAAGAGUAACAAUACAGCAUAUAUAAAAAGUUAAGCGCUGUGAG